AUGAGGAGAGAUGUGAAUGGUCCAGGGGGAUCUGGUUCUCCAAAGUUCGCUUUUGUGGCCUGGCUAGCUGCUAGAGAUAGACUGUCGACUAUGGAUCGAAUAUCCAAGUGGGAUCAUCGAGUUGAUGAAACUUGUGUUCUUUGCAAAAGGGAACCGGAGUCAAGAAACCAUUUAUUCUUCGAGUGUGUCUUUUCUGCUUCGGUUUGGGAACAUCUUACUAAGGGUAUCUUGCUAAGUAACCAUUCUAAUGUCUGGCAAGAUAUUGUGUUCAUUAUAUCGGAUGAGCGUAUGGAAGGGAAGAAGAGAUAUUGCUUGCGCUAUGCUUUUCAAGCAGCUAUACAUGCUAUAUGGAGAGAGAGGAACAAGAUAAGGCAUAAUGAGAAGGCAUUACCUAUUACUGCUGUUAUGAAGAUGGUAGAGAAGGGUGUUAGGAACAAACUGAGUAUCUUGAGAACAAAGCGUGUGAAGGGAUGA